AUUUCAAUUCAUUUCAUUAAUCUCCAAAACCCUAAUUCAAUCAAAUCCCCAAUUCAAAACUCCACCAUGAAAUUAAGGCUUAGAUCACUACCAUCCAAAGAAACAAUCAAAUUAGAAUUACCCAACGAAUCCAAUCUCCAACAACUCAAAGAAACCCUAAUUCUCGCCAUUUCCUCUUCAUCUUCCCCAAAUUCUCUGCAUUUCUCCCUCAACGGAAAACAUGAACUCUCAUCAACAUCUAAUCAAGAUUCUCUCAAGUCUCUCGGCAUCACCUCCGGCGAUCUAAUCUAUUUCACUCGAAACCCAUCUGAGUUCGCUCCAAUUCAACAGACCCAAGAGGCUAAUUUUCAAAAUUCUGUAAAAGAAACUGAGAAUUCUCAAGAAUUGAAGGGUGGUGCGUUGAAUGGAUCUUUAAUUCAAGAUUCUUCUGUUGAAGAAAUUUGUAAAGGAAAAUCUGUAAUGGGUUGUGAAGAGAAUUAUCAAGAAAUGAAGGGUCUUGAAUCGAAUCCGCCGAAGAAAGAAUCUUUAUUUCAAGAUUCUUGUGUUAAUGUGAUUUGUAAGGGAAAAUCUGUAAUGGGCUGUGAAGGAAUUGAGAAUCAAGAACCGGAGAAUGUGGAUCAUAUGGAUGUUGAUAAAGAUGAGAAGGGUUUUACGGAGCCGUGUUUCUUGAAGAGGGUGUUGAGAUAUGAAGAAUUUGGUGAUGAUUUUAGUGAUAGUAAGCUUCUGUUUAUAGCAAUUCAUGCUGUUUUUUUGGAAUCUGGUUUUAUUGGGUUCGAUUCGGUGUUGGGUUUACGAGUUGAUCUUUUUCAUAUUCUUCAAGAGCAGCCUUUGAUGAACUUUACUACUUCGGUAUGUUACACAGUUCCUGAACUUUUAGGUAAUGAUAAUGUGACUGAUUUUGUUGUUUUGAAGUUUCAGACUUUAGGGCAGUUUGUUAAUGUAUAUGGGUCGUUGUCUAUGAGUCAAUCUUCUGUGUAUAAGUCAUGUUUGGAUAAGUGUAGAUUUGUGCCGGUUAUUGGUUCGAUUUGGGGUAACUGGGAUAAGAGUGAUAGGGAUUAUGAAAGUGAUUCGUAUAAUGAAAAUAUUGUUUUUGAGCUGUGGAAAACUGUAAAAGAUCAGCUUGCUUUGCCAUUGUUGAUCGAUCUUUGUGAGAAGACGGGUUUGGACCUUCCCCCUUGCUUGAUGUUUUUGCCAGCUGAUAUAAAGCUUAAGAUUUUGGAGUAUGUUCCUGGUGUUGAUGUUGCGAAAGUGACGUGUGUUUGCAAAGAGAUGCAGUACUUGUGUUCCAACAAUGAUUUGUGGAAGAAGAGAUAUGAAGAGGAAUUUCGGUGUGAACCGCGACAGCCACCAACGACCCAUUGGAAAAAGAAGUUUGUUUCAGCUUGGGAGAGAAUGAAGAGAGGGAGCUUAUCAUAUACUAUGUUGCAUCCACCUUUUAUGGCUCCCCAACCAUUUGGUGGUGGAAUUGCAGGUGGUGAUUAUGACCGCCUUCCAGGCUUCGGUUUCCCUUUUGCUUAUGGUCGGCGGACUCAAAUUUACCAGCCUCCUGGAAACCUCUCCCGAAUGAUGCGAGAAAGAGAUGUGAUACGACGGUAUAUGGCCCCUAAUUAUCUUGGAGGAUUUAACGCAUAGGGUGUUUAAUGAUAGGUUUCCUAUUAGUUGGAAACAUUUUGGAACUAGUAUGUACACAUAUUAAGUACUAAUCAAGUGUACUGCCAUAUCUACUAGGCUGAUUACUCAUUGUAUGAGUCUGUUAAUAUACUUUGUUUUCAUUUUGAUAAAUCUAUAAAUAAUUGUUAGUGUG